AUGACCGAAGUGCUACUGUCGCCUGACCGCCAGCAUGUCACCACCCCGUCCAAGAGGGCCCUGGACUAUGACUUUGCCGUAGAGCUGACCCCGGGGACGUGGAAGGUCAUCCGGAAGAAGGACCGCUUCGAGUUCCUGGCCCAAGAUGUCACGGAGCAGUUCCAGGACUGCGACGGAGACCAGACGUGGCUGGGCCAGCUCCUGGACCCCUGCGGCAUCAACAUCAUGGGGUCGCUGAUGCGGAUCCUGAACCACGAGAACCUCAUCAACUGCGUCGACUGGAUCAAGGUGCGGAGCAGCCCUACCGGCAGGAUCACCACGUCCACGACGAAGCAGUUUGUCAUCUGGGACUUCUGCAACGCCGGCACCCUCGAGAACCUGCUGAUGGCUCCCCACGUGGUCGAGCCAACGGACUUCCACAGGGCGCAGACGCUGAAGGAGCUGGAAGAUAAGAAGCACCAGGAACACAAGAAGCGAAAGCUCAAGGCGAAAGGUGGGCACAAGGGCCACCAUCUAGACCAUCACCACGACCAUCAUGAUGACCAUCAUCAGGACCACGACCGUGUCUACGAUGAUGACGACGACGAUGAUGAUGACGACCUGCCCCCCAUAUUCCUACCCGAGGCCUUCUGCUGGCACGUCCUGUGCUCGGUGCUCAAGGCGCUGGCGUGGCUGCACCACGGGAUCCGCGAGGACUACAACGCGGCGACGGGGCGGUACGAGACGCAGCGGGCGGACCUGGACUGGCAGACGAUGCUGCACCGCGACAUCCGGCCGUCCAACAUCUUCUUCUGCCACCCGCAGACCAAGCACGAGACGUACGGCCUUUGCAAGCUGGGCAACUACGGCGCCGCCGUCGUCUCGGGCGUCUUCAACGGCAUCCACCGCGACCGCGUCCCGCCCGCCCGCGGCAAGGCCCUCGCGCCCCAGCCCGGCCGCGCCUUCGCCGAGCUCGACGAGCUGCGCCGCGCCGACGCCGUCUCGACCAACAGCCACCCGCCGCCGCACACGCAGCCGUACACGAUGCUGAGCGAGUACCGGUCGCUGGCGGACGUGGUGGCGGCCAUGAUGGUGGAGCCGACGCGCGGGAGCGAGGCCAACACGCACUUCCACGGGCUGCGGGACGCGCCGGGCCCGCGGUGGCGGGCGGCGCUGGAGCAGACGGGGUACACGGGGGCGCUGAAGAACUUUGUGUACCGGCUGAUGGCGACGACGACGGGGGAGACGGACGGGGCGGCGGCGCCGUCGCUGGCGCUGUACCGGCGGGCGCGGGCCGAGCACGCGCGGUUCCGCGGGCUCAAGGACGAGGGCCGCGCCGUCAUCACCGCGGACCACGUGCGGGCGCGGCACGCGGCGCAGGAGCGCGGCCGGCUGGUGGGCCACCUCGAGGCGCUGCGGGACGCCGAGCGCGCGCGCGUCGCCGAGGACACGAGCGACCGCUUCGUCGGCGUGCCCCCGCCCACGGCCCUGGAUGACCUGCUCGACGACAUCUACGACACCUGCGCCGCGGCCGAUGCAGCGCGCUAA